AUGCAAUACACCGCCCACGCAACAGGGGGCAGCAGAGUGCUCCACGGUGUUCGGUCGGCAGAGCCAGACCCUCCCGGAGAGUGGCUCUCGUCAGGGAGCAGCUGGCUGGCUGACUUCUUUUUAUCAGAUGCUGGCGUGUUUCCCCACCACAGCUGUACAGGGUCUGAGCAACAAUGGCACAAACCCAGGACCCAGGGUUUCAAGCCUGGUCCAACAAAUGAGAUGGUAGUGUUGUCAGCUCCGCCCAAGGAGAGAAGAGUGGCUAAAGGAAUCAGGAGUAACUUAUACAAAGGAGCCUGUAACCUGACCUGUGACCUUCCAGACAUGUCAGUCCUUCGGUUGAAUGACAUCUACCAAGGCAUGCCAAGGGAAACUGCUCCACUAAUAACAACCAUGGGAAUAGCAGGGGGUGUACCAUUAGUAGACAGUGCCUUUGGAAAAGUCCAAGAAGGUAGUGUUCUCUCCUACCAUCUUCCAGCAUGGACUCCACCAAUGACACAUCUACAUGCGACUGCACCACCACGACCAUCAUUACUUCUUGAUGGUUACUCUUUGGGGCCCUCGGAGUGUUGUUUUGUGCUUAACUACCAUCAGCAGCUGCACAUGAAAUCUCUUGAAACAUCAGAGAUCAUGGCGCACCAACUUGAGGAAAGCACAAGACAACAGAGCACACUGAAGGAAUGGCACCUUCUAAGAAAGCCACGAGUGACUUCCUCUAGAUUCAGAGAGGUUUGCCAUGUGAGAGGACAGUCCUCAGCGGAGAACCUGGCACUCAGGAUUCUACGGCCAGGUUAUCAGACUGCAGAAAUGAAGAGGGGUCUUCAGAUGGAGUCCAAGGCUGUAGAAGAGUACUGCCUUGUUAAGGAUGUAAACCACUAUCCUUGCGGUUUCAUCAUCCACCCAGAUGCACCAUGGCUCGGGUCAUCACCAGAUGGGUUGGUAUACGACCCGAAUGCUGAGCCUGCGUUUGGACUGCUGGAGGUGAAGUGUCCUAAUGUAAGAAGCUAUGUAGACUGUACGUACCUUAGGGUCUCCGAUGGAGUGCUACCGCUAAAACCAUCUCACACGUACUACUGGCAGCUGCUGCCUCAGCUGGGCAACUUCAUCCCGAAGACUCUCAUUCUCAGAGACCACCAAGUCCACAAACGCAGGGUCCGGCCUUGA